UCAGGAUCUUUCUAAAUAUUCAGUCUUCAGAAACUAUUUGAAGUACAAAACCUGAAGUCCUAAAGAGUGUGAUACAAUUGUCUUUGAAAGGUAUCUUUAGCAGUCAUUAUAACACAGUUUUGUAUUACUGGAGCAUGCAUCAGUUUCAGAUAUGCCCUGUUCUCAUAGUUGCUAUGAUAUGCCUGACACUUUGUCAUUCAGUCAUGAUGGAGACAUUGCCCCUAUGCAUAGGGAUUCAAGGAAUGCAAGAAUCACAGGGAUCUCCUGGAAAAGUGGGACAGAAAGAAGCCAAAGAAGAUUCAGGUGCACCUUUUGACAUGAGUCGUGUACUUGCCUUGGAGAAACAACUUGCAGCCUUACAGCAAAGCUUGACUUUCUAUACGAAUGUUUUGCAGUUUCUAGGUAGUAUCUGCAAAGAUGGAAACAAAACAUUCAUCACUGCAGGAAAGACCGCUAACUUUUCAAGUGCCAAGUCAGAAUGUUCUCUUGCUGGUUAUCAACUGAGUGCUCCAAAGACAGAAGCUGAAAAUAUGGUUAUGCAAAGAAUUGUGAAAAAGUAUGACAAAGAUGCAUGGCUUGCAAUUUCAGAUGAAAAAAUGGAAGGCACGUUUGUAUAUCUAGAUGACAAACCAAUAAGUUAUUCAAACUGGAAUCCAGGUGAACCAAAUGGUGAACAUCAGGCUGAAGAUUGUGUGGUAAUGCAAACUACAGGAAAGUGGAAUGACUCUAUAUGCACAGAGAAAGGUCUUGUUAUCUGUGAGACUUAAAGCUAUACCUAUCACUGGAGCAAUAUUAUUGAUUCUUCAUUAAAAAUGGAAAUCAGGUCAUGACUUUUUAAUGCUAUGCUUUCCAGUGUAAAUGAAUCUCUGUAGUGUAAUGUGUUUUAAAUGAAUCCAAGGAUACUCAGUAACAUAUCUGCCUAUUUGUAAGGGUUACUGCCAUAAAUUUAUAUGAUUUAAGAAACUUUAUUUCCAUUCUUUCCCCCUUCUGCAGUCUUUUAGCGUGUACAUCUAGUUUAUUUCUGAUGUAAAUUAUUGCAUGUUAUAUAUAAUGCUGAAAUGUUUGUUAAAAUUAUGAACAGCAAUGGAAGAUUUGAAAUAAAUGGGCAUUUAAGAAAUACUGAAAAUUUAAACCUCUGACUGAAGCAAAAGUGGCAAUAGCUGCACUUCUCAGACUGGUUGUAUUCAUAGUCCUGCACUUCACUUACUCCCAAGGACAAUUCACAAAGACCACCACUACAUCUACAUGCGAAGUGA